UCAUUUGAUUAGAAAAUUAUAAGCUUAUCUUGAGCCCUUAAUUUAAACAUAAGAGCAUAGUACUGUACAAGUGAGAAAGCGGUUGAAGUUUAGUUGGGCCUGAUCAGAGGAAUGAAGGCUGGGACCCUUUUAAAGUGAACAGUGCUUUAUUGCCUUUGGCUUCAGUGGGCCAAUGUGAGUGGCUAUGGGUUGCGGGAUUGAGCACUUUCUGCAGCCCUGCAUCUCCCACAGUUCUGCUAGUCUGGGUGCUCCCCUCCAUCCUGCAGUUUCUGAAGGCAAUGCAAAGCUGUGACACAGUGUUUGCUGGCCACUCCUCCUUCUCCCACUUACCCAGAGGCACAGAAGUCAAGGGGCAGUUUGUUUUCUCGUAAUCUUUUUUUGUCUUUAUGAUUUUUUUAAGCAUUUUCAGGCAAUAGCGAGCUUUUUUCUUUGUUCCAAACCUUCUGCGUGGUUUAGGAUUGGUGCAGCAUCAAGGCCACAGCUGUGGGGAGCCCCUGCAGCAGUGCUUCCCUGCUGAGCUCCUCUGCCCCCUUUUAGGCAUGGCACAGCAGCUGUGCAAGUACAGGCAAAGCACAAAAGGUGCUCAAUAUGUGAGGGAGCUUUCCCAGGCUUGGCAGAGGGUAUAUUAUGUCCAGCCUGCUCCCAGUCAGCCGACCCUAGCGCUGCUAGGACACAGGACUCUGAGUUGGACAGGCAUGUUGGGGCCCCUACUCCCCCCAAAUAGCCAUGAGUCCACUGCAAAAGUCACAGAGCAGAACAGGGAGAGGCUCUGAGGAGGAGGAGGACUUUAUCCAGAUGAUGCAGAGGAGGAGGGAGAAGCACUGGAAAUUUAAUCUUGAAGCAAAGAUGCAAGCGUUAAUGCCUGAGCCUCAGAUUUAUGUAGUAAGAACUCUGGCCCUCAUCAAACCAGAUGUAAUUGACCAAGAAGAAGAAAUAGAAGAUAUAAUUCUCAGAUCAGGAUUCACCAUUGUUCAGAAACGAAAGCUCCAACUAAGCCCAGAGCAAUGCAGCAACUUUUAUGCAGAUCAAUAUGGCAAAAUGUUUUUUCCUAAUUUAACAGCAUAUAUGAGUUCUGGGCCUUUAGUUGCUAUGGUUCUUGCCAGACAUAACGCUAUCGCUUACUGGAAAGAGUUGAUUGGACCAUCAAAUAGCAUAAGAGCUAAGGAAACACACCCUGACAGUUUAAGAGCAAUCUAUGGGACAGAUGAUCUGAGGAAUGCAGUUCAUGGCAGUAUCCGAUUUUCCUCAGCAGAAAGAGAAAUUCGAUUCAUGUUUCCUGAAGUGAUUAUUGAGCCAAUUCCAGUUGGACAAGCUGCUAAGGAUUACCUGAACCUCUAUGUCAAUCCUACACUACUAGCUGGGCUCACCGAGCUUUGUAAGCAGAAACCAGCGGAUCCAUUGAUUUGGUUUGCUGAUUGGUUGAUAGAACAUAAUCCCAAUAAACCUAGGCUACAGCAGCGGAUAACCGUGGAAGAACCUUAAGGAUGAAAGUCCAAUGGAGAUUUUGUCAAACACUAUCAAAUCAGAUGCUUAUUAGUAUCAUUUUAAGUGUAUCCUUUGAAUUUGUAAUGAAUAUUACAUGAAAUAAAUGUUAGUGUUAUAACCAACUAUAAA